AUGUCUAUCGCUGUGACUGAUCUGUUUGCCUCACCUCAACCAAUUCCGGUGGACUGGGGCAUCCAGCUUGUAGACGUCUGCAAUGGCCUUUCGAACCUCAGCUGGAGAGAUGAACUGAAUUCACUACACCUCAUGCGCACCACCAAUACCACAAAAGCGGUCCGCCGCGGAGCCAACUCGCAAUAUUAUAUUGAAACCAUUCCAGGAAAAGACAAGAAGAGCAAAGUCGAUUAUUUGAUUAUCACGGGUGAACACCCAAGGAAUGCGCAAGGAUAUGGCUUCCUCCUUCACGGAUUCUCAUCUCCGUUUCUUUUUUACGCUCUUCCAAGCCCGAGUCGAAGACUGAGAGAGGAAGCUUACUUGAUUCUCGACUCCUUCUCCGAAGAAGAUAUCCGCUCGCGGUGCCUGCUAAGCGAACCUGUCGGUUAUAUUGAUGACUGUGGCAACUACAUUGAGACAGUUCCGAUGCCUCCAUACUAUCCUGGCAUCUCUCUACUGAAAGAGCGUCCUCUGCAUGCUAUUGACUUUCCUCCCGCCAGCUUUAGUCCGAACAACUCAUAUCCGAUCAAAGGAACUCUUCUCAGCCACUGCUUGAAGGUGAAGUUGAUCUACCAUGGUGACAGGCCCGUCUUCGAAAGAGAGGAGCUGCAAGGCAUCCGUCAGAUCAAAGUAGCCAUUUUGUGGCCGGGCUAUGGCUCAGACGGCUUCAUCAGAGGAGUUGAUGUGCCCUUACAAGGCGCUCAUGGAGUUCUCACGCGGUCAGAACUGGCGCACCGAGUGGCUUCGGAAUACCAACGAUUCAUCAUGGACUGCGAUGUUGGGCGUAUACCAGACCUGGGCUCAUACUACAAAGUCGGCCGUAACGACAUCAAUCUCAACGACAUGAUCCUGGACUAUGUCUGGAGUCCGGACGUCGACGUGUAGGAGGCGAGCAUAUCUGUCAUGCAGAAUUGGAG